AUGAUGGCACUGUGGCGUCCUGAAGGCAUUUUCCCGAAAUACCUUGCAGAAGGUCGAAAACUCAGUAAAAUGGUCAUAACUCGAGAAGAAAGGCCUAAGGGAAUGAAUCCUUUUCAGAAUUAUCUUGAGGAUGCUUUACAUAUGAUUAAUGGGCAGAUACAACAUUACACAGAUCAAUUUCUUACUAAAUAUCCUGCAUCAUUGUUAACCGAAGAUGAUCCAUUAUCAUACGUAUUUCAGCAACACGAAGAGCGAUUAACAAAAUUGAAACGUGACAUGGAAACUACGUCUGGUUUGAUAUCAAGCAAUAAAUCAAUGGAAGAUGACAUUAUAUUUCCGUUUAUCGAACGAAGUAUUGACAUAGCAAGUGCCAGAAAUCAAGGCAGGUGGUUGCUUUUUGAAUAA